UGGAUUGUGCUUUAUGCGGGUCCCAGUGACAAAAGGGGUACGAGACGUACUACAUAAAGUGCGCGUGUGUGUGUGUGUAUUGGCUAAGCUUGACCCAUUACUAAACCUCACUCGGGUUACUGGAUUAAUUACACCCGGCAACCAAAAGAGAUGCAGACGAGACUUCCAGAGGACCUUGUCCCUCUCGUCAAGUUUCCGCCGCGCCACCGUCGCGAACCCCAGCUGUAUAUCGUGGACCCCACUUCGUCUCGCAGGAAAGGCAGUGUCGAUACCGGCUUUAACGAGCCAGGGACUGGUAGAGAGAUUUCAUCUCUCGUAUCUGUUCAAAGACGUUUGGUUGGAGAAGUAGACGACAGACGCUUGUCUCGAAGUCCAAAGUUUUAUGAGAAACGCAGAACCGAACAGGGUAAUCGCGUUGCUUCCAAGGAUUUCCGUUUGCCUAGAGGAUGGACCGUUAAAGAGGUUCCGAGGAGAAACUCCCCUCGUAGUAUUGAUAAGGUGCUUAUGACAGACAAAAGGAAUCAGCAAGUUUCAUACUGUUGGCUACUUAGUUAUUAUACAGAGCAAGAAACGGGAAAACGGUUCCGGUCCCUUGUUUCCGCUGAGAGGUACUUGAACUCUGUCGGGAACGGUACAGUUGUGUCGGUUUUGCACUCUGUUCCGCUUUUGGCGAUUUGUAAUGGUACUGGAUUUGAGCCGGUGGUUAUCGACCCAAACCCACCAGAGAAAGUUAAAUAGCUACUUACCGGUCCGGAGGGAGACAUGUUUGGUGCCCAUGUCAGCGGCUCGGGAUGUGUCUAGCUCUGUUAAACAGACCUGGUCUGAGACGUUUGUCUCAUUGAUCCAAGACCGCUAUUAACCAAAAUCAUAGGUUGUGCGUGGCGUUUUUGUGGCCGGUUUGAUCACUUUUGGUAUUACUGUUAACAAAAUUUCCCGGUCGGUAGUCUCUCCAAGUUGCCAUGUUUCGGUCUGGUUUAUAACUGACCGACGACCUGAAUCAUUGGUUUUGCCAGAUUUUCUAUGUCAAUAGUCGAAUUUCGGGUAAUAUCGGUUAGAUCUCUAUGUUUUCAAUGUUGAAAUGCUUACAAGUCUCCAAAUCUUGAAAAGUGUAUUUAAAACGGAGUUACACGUUAUUUUUUCGCGAAUUCUUGUAUCUGUUAAUCAAUUUUUACUC